AAAAAAACUUCAAUCAUUAAGUAUCAAGCUCUCAACGUGACAACAUGAAUUGGAAAAAGCUUGUCGCAAACAGUGCUAGUUUAAUAUAUUUAAUUCUCAUUUCUUUAUUUUUUUUCUUCUUCAAAACCGAUUUUAUUUGUAGAUUUGAAAAGCCAUGCUUGCGAUUUUGCUCAUCAGAUACUGAAAAAUAUUCAAAUGUGUUGCUAUUUGAUGAGUUUAUCGACAGCAAUGUUACUUACUGGUUUCAAAAUAAUUACAAUUUGACAAACAUUUUUCGUGGACCACCUUACUGCAAUGGCGAAAUGAAACUCUUAGAAACUGUAAAAAAUAAAUACAAUGAUGAGGAUGAGGAAGAAGAUGUCGAUGAUGAAGAUAAUGGCAUGCUUUCAAUUUAUGAGAAUGGCCAUCUUUACAAAAAUGGAGAAGCUUACACUAUAAACACUUACUGCUUAAAAAGAGACGAAGACGCAUCACACAAGUUUGUGGCAAUGAUUUGCGUCAAAGACAAGCUAACAGUAAAUCAAUCAGCUCUUGUGGCUAUUUCAGUCAUUUCUAUAAUCAUCCUGACGUCAACUUUAUCAGUUUAUCUUUAUUAUCCAGAACUUCGUGAUUUUUAUGGCAAAAUGAUCAUAUAUUUUCUUAUAUCAAUGAUCUGUAGCUCUGUCACUCCGCUUAGAGUUUUUGACGACAAGAAUUUUAUGUUCAAGAUUAUCAAUUUUGUAAUGGCAUUUGGAUUCACAUCGGGAAAUUUAUGGCUUAAUUCUAUGGUGCUUAAUGUUUACUUUAGAUGCAGGGACUUCAGAAGCUCAAAAUCUAAAGAUGGCAACUUCUCAUCAUAUGCUUCAUAUGUUGGAGUAUUCACAACAUUUGUUUUAAUGUUCAUCUUAUGGGAAAUGACGAUUCUAAGACAUAGCUCUGCCAUCAAAUUUAUCGCCCUUGUGCAUUCAUUCUUGAUAUUCAAUGACUUUGUGGUCCUUAUCAUUACAUCAUUCAUAAUCAAGAACAUUUCAAAGCAAAUUGGAUUCUCUGAGCGAGCCGAGUUCGAGAAAGAGAAGAAAAUAUUUUGGAUUUAUGUGAAGCUAUUCGCAAUUAUGUCCUUGACCUGGUCAACUCAGAUUUAUGCAUUUGAAAAUGAAGAAAUUCGUUUUGAUUGUUUGACAGUUGCCUUUAUUAUGCUUUUUUCGACUUUGAAUGUAGCUGGAUUGUUUAUGGGAAGGAAGAAGGUUAUAGAUUUAGUGACUAGGAAUAAUUGAUGAGUUAAAAAUAAUGAAAUAAAAUAUUGAAUUUUAAAACAAAGUCCCGAAAGAUUGUGAG